ACUUUGUACUCCUUUUCGGUUUUAGUUCAUCAUGUGGUGAGUGACUGAGUGAAAACUGGUGAAAACACAUAAGAUAACUUUAAAAAUCUGGUGUUCAACUUUUUAUACGAUUUUAUUUAUAAUAAAUUUAUUCAGUUUUAAAAAUUCUAUAGUUUAGUCUCCCAUCGAUCUCCAGUGUUUCAUCUUCACUCCGUGGUUGAAUUCAUCAUCAAGAGUCAUUUCUUCCUUUCGACAUCAAACUACUUCAUGUUGAUUUAUUCAUCGGUAAAGGUUUCGUGAAGAAGAAAGCCCUCCUCUAGCCUACAUCAUGCCAUCUGAAGCGAAAAAGAAACAACAGCAGAAGAAAAAAGAUGCUGCGAAAGCUCGCCAGCAACCUGCUGCAAAAGCUGCAACAGCCACAGCGACAGCAACCGGUUCGAAGUCUAAACCUGCAGAUAAAGAUAAACCUAAGCCUAACGCUAGUGGUGAAAACUGUGCCGAAAAUGGUAAAAGUAACGAAAAUGGAGACAUCUCAGAAGAAUUAAUAUUGAAAAAACUCGAAGAAGAUAUGAAAUUAAAUGCUGAAGCUCGUUCCUGCACUGGUAGUUUAGUGCUGCAUCCCCGCGCUCGUGAUAUUAAAUUCUCUAAUUUUUCCAUUACCUUUCAUGGUUGUGAACUAGUACAGGAUACUAUGUUGGAAUUGAAUUGCGGACGUAGAUACGGUCUGAUUGGUUUAAAUGGAAGCGGGAAAUCCACUCUACUUGCUGUUCUGGGUAACCGAGAAGUAGCUAUUCCAGAUCAUAUUGAUAUCUUUCACUUGACUCGUGAAAUGGCUGCAUCGGAUAAAACUGCUUUACAAUGCGUUAUGGAAGUAGACGAAGAACGUAUGAAGCUCGAGAAACUCGCUGAAGAAUUGGUCGCCUGCGAGGACGAUGACUCUCAAGAGCAAUUAAUGGAUAUAUAUGAAAGAUUGGACGACAUGAAUGCAGAUACUGCGGAAGCUAGAGCAGCUUACAUUUUACACGGUUUAGGAUUCACGCCAGAAAUGCAGAUUAAAAAGACUAAAGAUUUCUCCGGUGGUUGGAGAAUGCGUAUCGCGUUAGCAAGAGCGUUAUACGUGAAACCGCAUUUAUUGUUGCUGGACGAACCCACUAAUCACUUGGAUUUGGAUGCCUGUGUGUGGUUAGAAGAAGAACUCAGAACGUAUAAACGAAUUUUGGUUCUUAUAUCGCAUUCGCAAGAUUUCCUCAACGGAGUUUGCACCAAUAUCAUCCACUUGGAUAAGAAACGAUUAAAAUAUUAUACCGGUAAUUAUGAUAUGUUUGUGAAAACACGAGCUGAAUUAUUGGAGAACCAAAUGAAACAGUAUAAUUGGGAGCAAGAUCAAAUAGCUCAUAUGAAAAAUUACAUCGCAAGAUUUGGUCACGGUAGCGCUAAACUAGCUCGUCAAGCUCAAAGCAAAGAAAAAACUCUAGCAAAAAUGGUCGCCGGUGGUUUAACCGAACGUGUAGUUAGCGACAAAUUGGUCACGUUCUAUUUCCCCUCUUGUGGUACUAUUCCGCCACCGGUCAUCAUGGUGCAAAACGUAAGCUUCCGGUAUAACGAAAAAACUCCUUGGAUUUAUAGAAAUCUUGAAUUCGGUAUUGACCUGGAUUCUCGAGUAGCUCUUGUCGGACCUAACGGAGCUGGCAAAAGUACCCUUUUGAAAUUACUUUACGGUGAAUUAAUACCUAGUGAAGGCAUGAUUCGUAAAAACUCGCAUUUACGCUUUGCUCGUUACCAUCAACAUUUACAUGAACUAUUGGAUUUGGAUAUAUCACCUUUAGACUACAUGAUGAAAUCGUUCCCCGAUGUGAAAGAACGAGAAGAAAUGAGAAAAAUUAUCGGUCGAUAUGGACUUACUGGUAGACAACAAGUUUGUCCAAUUAGACAGCUCAGCGAUGGUCAAAGAUGUAGAGUAGUUUUCGCUUAUUUGGCAUGGCAGGCUCCUCAUUUAUUACUUUUGGACGAACCUACCAAUCAUUUAGAUAUGGAAACCAUCGACGCAUUGGCUGAUGCAGUCAACGAGUUUGAAGGUGGAAUGGUUCUAGUUAGUCACGAUUUUAGGCUAAUUUCUCAGGUCGCUCAAGAAAUUUGGAUUUGUGAACACGGGACGAUUACCAAAUGGCAAGGAAAUAUUUUGGAUUACAAGGAACAUCUGCGUGAAAAAUUAAAAUCAAAUAGUAAAUAAGUGGCUAUCUAAAUGGAAUCGCGAACUGCAUCAGUUCAGCUUUAGUUCCCUUCCAUGCUCGAUCGAAUUAAUCGCAACCAACGUGAAAUUUGUUUUGUUUCGCAACUCAAUAAAAAUUCUCGUACUA